AUGAAGCGAUCGACCGGCCUGACGUGAGUUUGAGUACCCCUCCAUGCGAAUAUUGGCCUCGGGCACACAAGACAGACGGGCCCUUGGCAGCUAACAUGUGCCCAUUCUGGGAAUCGCCAGACCCAGUUUCAAGACAGACAGAGCUGCCGGCGAGAACAAGGACGUUUCGAAGUGGAUCGACAAGUACCUCGGUGUUGGUGAGUGGGUGAUGGAUCAGUCGGUUGCUAUCGCUGGCUCCAGUGGCUGGUUCGAGCGCACG